AUGGGCAUGGAUAUCAUAGAAAUGGUGGAGGUCGUGGGCAUCGCCCUGGGAGUCAUAGGAUUAAUAGUGACCGUCAUGAUCUGUGCUCUCCCCACCUGGAUAGUGACAACCAUCAUACAGGCUAAUGUUGCCACCACAGAGGUGGUAACGUACGGCCUGUGGAUGAGCUGUGUGGCCCAAGGCACGGGAAAGACACAGUGUGAGGUGUACAACUCCAUGUGGGAUUUUCCACAGUGUAUACAGCCUGUCAGAGCCAUGUUACUCACUGCCAUCAUCCUGGGGGUUCUGGGGGCCAUAUUCUUCAUGGUCGGAGCCAAGCGCACCAACUGCAUCAAAGACAAAACAUCACAGGCCAAGUUGAUAAUUAUCGCUGGAAUACUUUUCAUUGGUGCCGGAAUUCUUAUCCUCAUCACUGUUUCCUUGGUAGCAAUAUUUAUCAUCAUCGACUUCCCCAUGUGGAUGGAAGGAAAACCUGAGCUGCUGGCCUCGCUGUACUUCAGCUGGGUGGCAGCUGACCUGCUCCUGAUUGGAGGGGUCAUACUGGGCAUCACUGUGGGAGUGUUUGGAUGGAUGAUGGGAAUCUUUGGAUGGAUAGUCUCCCUAGUGCCCUGUGCUCUCUAUAUAUUGCUCCUAUUCAGUUUUUCUCCUGAGCCCCCCUAUAGGGACAUAUGGAUGGUUCUGAUGACAAUCACUUCCAUCUCCUCCAUCCUGGGAGCUCUAGGAGUGAUGGGGUCCAUCUUUGGGACCAGGUGCUGUAACUGCAUCAAGAGUAUCAGGGUCAAGGCCAGGUUCAUCGUUGGAACAUUCUUCAUCCUGGCUGGUAUCCUGCAGCUCACCACUGUGUUUUUGGUUGACCAUUACUUAAGAACGGAUGUCCACCUGCAGCUCAACCCUUUCGUCCUGUUUACCCAGCAUGACCUGGUUAUAUUAGCUGAAUUCAAUAGGUGGUCCUCCUCCAUGCUCCUAUUAGGAGGGACUAUACUCUGCUGCUGUAUCUACAAGAGGAACCAGUCAGACUCAACGACAACUCAAUCAACCUCCCGCUAACAGCUCUGUCUUCAACAGGUCAUAUAGGAGUUUAUGUCAUAUUGUGUUGGGAUCAUAGUCUGGUGCAGCUCCUGCUGCUCCUGCUUUAACAGAGAGGCUGUACUUUCUUUUAAUGAAAACAAUGGAGAGAAUAUAAUUGUGAUACUAUAUGUAAUUCUAUGAUAAAACAACCCCUGUCCUUUCUGUUCAGUGUUUAACAGUCAGAAAGUACCUGAUAGGUGUGAAAGCAACAUUGUCAUUGUUCCACCUUGUCUUUAACACGUCAAAGAGGAGUUUAUGACAUAUUGUGUUCAAAUAUUCAGUUAAUUUAGACUGGGAGUUCCUGAGGAGACUGCAAUGAAGGGACAUAUUAUCACUGUUUCCUUUCUGAUGUUCUAUACCAGUAUUGAUACUUCUCUUUAUGCUUCUUUAAAAUGGGAUGCAUUUAAGAAGAGAGAGAACUUAAUCAGUAGUUGAAUGUUUAACCCUGUUAAAUAUGUUCAAAUAAAAUAAUUGUAUCUGACUGCAAAACGUUUCCUGGUUGCUGCUUUGCAUUUCCUGUUAAUGUUCACUACAUUACCAACAAGCCUACAAUCAGUGACCUGGACAUUCUAACUGAAACAUACUGUAUAUCAUAGUGUAGAAUUAUUUCAAACCA